UCACCUGGUAUUUGCAUCUCGCCCUCCAACUUGCCAUUGGCGGCGCGACGUGUGGGAGAGCCCUGUGCCUCGCCCGCCCGGACCAGCCUGCCCCGGCGCCGAGGUCGCUCCUGCGCUUGGCCCAGCCCAGCAUGCAGCCUUGAACCUGGGUUAGGCCACCGCCUACUCCAGUUCUCUACAGCCCCUAUUGUACUGUGACUCAAGGAGUAGGUGCUAGGCUCAAGGUAUCUGAAUAGCAUCUUUUCAUCAAGGAAACACCGCGGCUCCAGUGGGCCCUGCAGGCCCCACAGUCAGCUCUCUGACAAGACAGCAUGGCUGUUGCCCUGCAGCCCAGUGACCUGAUCUUUGAGUUUGCAAGCAACGGAAUGGAUGACAUCCACCAGCUAGAAGAUCCCUCCGUGUUUCCAGCUGUGAUUGUGGAGCAAGUCCCCUACCCCGAAUUACUGCACCUGUACUCAGGCCUGGAGCUGGAUGACGUUCACAAUGGCAUCAUAACAGAUGGGACAUUGUGCAUGACACAGGAUCAGAUCUUGGAGGGCAGUUUUUUGCUGGCAGAUGACAAUGAAACCACCUCACAAACCGUGUCAACCACUGAAGUCUUGCUCAACGUCGAGUCUCCCAACAACAUCCUGGAUGACAAGCAGAUCUUCAGCACCUCCGAAAUGCUUCCAGAGCCAGACCCUGCUCCAGCCAUGACACUGCCCAACUACCUGUUUCCUGUCUCUGAGCCCGACGCCCUGAACAGGGCUGGUGACACUGGUGACCAGGAGGAGAACUGUCUGGAGGAGAAGGUCCCCAGAGAAGAGAGCGCUAAGAAGACUGGAAAAUCAAAGAAGAGAAUUCGGAAGACCAAGGGCAACCGCAGUACCUCACCUGUCACUGACCUCAGCAUCCCCAUUCGGAAGAAAUCGAAGGAUGGCAAAGGCAGCACCAUCUACCUGUGGGAAUUCCUCCUCGCACUUCUGCAAGACCGGAACACCUGCCCCAAGUACAUCAAGUGGACCCAGCGAGAGAAAGGCAUCUUCAAGCUGGUGGAUUCUAAAGCAGUGUCCAAGCUGUGGGGGAAGCAGAAGAACAAGCCUGACAUGAACUAUGAGACGAUGGGCCGGGCACUCAGAUAUUACUACCAACGAGGCAUCCUGGCCAAAGUGGAAGGGCAGAGGCUGGUGUACCAGUUUAAGGAAAUGCCCAAGGACCUGGUGGUGAUCGAAGACGAGGAUGAGAGAAGCGAGGUCACAGCCACAUCCCCUCAGGCCUCUGCUCCCUCCACCUCCUCUGGCGGCAGCUCCCGGAGAGCCAGUUCCCGGGUCUCGUCUAGAGCUGUCCCGCAGGGCAAGGGCGACACUUCUUGGGAAAAGCCGAAGGUGCAGCACGUUGGUCUCCAGCCAUCUGCGAGUCUGGAAUUGGGAUUGUCCGUAGACCAAGAGAUCCCCACUACCUCCGCCAUGCUUGUCUCUCCACCAGAGAGCCAGGCCAAAGUCACCAAAGCUGUGAGUACUUCCGUGCCCAGCAACAUCCACCUAGGAGUGGCCCCCGUCAGGUCGGGCUCGGCCUUGACCCUGCAGACCAUCCCGCUGACCACAGUGCUGACCAACGGGCCUCCUGCCAGUACUACUACUUCAACCCAGCUCGUUCUCCAGAGUGUUCCACCUGCUUCCACCUUCAAGGACACCUUCACUCUGCAGACCUCCUUCCCCCUGAACACCAGUUUCCAAGAGAACCAGGUGGCAGCACCGGGGGCUCCACUGAUUCUCAGUGGCCUCCCCCAGCUUCUGGCUGGGGCCAACCGUCCGACCAAUCCGGCACCACCCUCAGUCAUGGGAGCUGGCCCAGCGGGGCCCAGCUCUCAGGCCCCUGGGACUGUCAUUGCAGCCUUCAUCAGAACUUCCGGUGCCACCGCAGCCCCUGGGGUCAAGGAAGGGCCACUGAGGUCCUCGUCCUAUGUGCAGGGCAUGAUGACUGGGGCCCCCAUGGAGGGCCUGCUGGUUUCUGAAGAGACCCUGAGGGAACUCCUGAGGGAGCAAGCUCACCUUCAGCCACUUCCAAGCCAGGUAGUUUCAAGGGCUUCCCACAACCCAAGCCUUCUGGGAAACCAGACUUUCUCUCCUCCCAGCCGCCCCACUGUUGGGCUGACCCCAGUGGCUGAACUUGAGCUCUCCUCAAGCUCAGGGUCCCUGUUUACGGCUGAGCCUAAUAUAAGCACACCUGGGAGCCUGCUGACUAGAUCCCCAACCCCAGCCUCCAUCUCCCCAUUCAACCCCACUUCCCUCAUUAAGAUGGAGCCUCAUGACAUGUAAAUGGAGGGGGUCGGGGAAAUGUGACUGCCAGGCAAGGUUGAGCAGCAUUUGUACACGGACUUCCUCUAAGAGAGACUGACCGAAGCAGCACACCAGCCCUUACAUUUCAGCAGGGUGUCAAUACACCAGACCCCAUGCCCCACCCCUGCCUGGUGUCACCAUGGCCAAGACAGGCCCAGUUGGAGCAUCCCUGGUGUCAGACCAUGGCUUUCAAGAGUACUAGGGGAUAUGCUCUUGUUGGGGUAAUGGGCUGACUUGCUGAUGGAGGCAAACUUUCUGAGAUGUUUGUAACCAGGGCUGGGGUAGGGGCUUCAUGAGAAGAGUCUUUUCACCUGGCUGUAUUCCACCGUCUUCGUUCCUUCUGCAGAGUAUUUACUAUCCCAUAUGUGAAUAGCUCUGUAUGUAUUUGUGUGUACUUGUGCGUCUGUAUCUCUGUUUCUUUGGUGAGGACGGGGGUGUAGCUGUGAGGUCUUCAAGGGUGUGUGUCUCUUUGGGGGUCAGCCACAGAGAUGGGGAAUUUUCUGUUUUGAAGGAAAGCAUUCUUCCAUUUCCCUUUGUACAAGCCAAGAUUCGGUUGUUCUGAGACUAUGGGGUACGGGUUGGAGCCCCGAAAUCCGGAGAGAUGUCACAGAGCUGGGGCAGGUCUGGGGAGGACAGCUUUGAUGGGUGUGUUUGUUGGGGAAGACGGAAUUGCAGGGGACAAAGAGAAAGCCAUGUGGGAUAAAACCCUGAAGAGAGGGAAGGAAUUCAGCCCUGUGGAGCAGCCCCGCAGGCUAGACUGAGGUCUUCUUGGGCUCAGCCUCAUUGCCCACCAGUCAUUUGCUAGCAGGCCAGAUCCUUAAUCUCCCCAGAGUGCUUUGCACCCCUCCAGGGUCAGACUCAGCCACAAGGCCCCCAGGGGAAGGGGACUAAAUAAUGGAUGUUUGCACCCAGGGCUUUGGCUGUAAUUCUAGCCUUCAUGGCCACCUUGCUCUACAUCCCAAAUCCUGGCUUCCCUCUUGAUUAAUUUCACCCCUGCCAUUUCACUGCUGGCAGGUGGUGCAGGGGACGUCGGGUAACCACAUGCUCGGGGUCUGCCUCCGUCCCUGCUCGUGCCUCCUUGCUGGUCAGCCUGCUUUCUAUUCCCCUCACAGGUCUGCCCACCCACCCACUCCCUCUAUGGCUGCAGUCGACCUCCUCCAGUGGGCCGAGGUCCUGGAUGGCCAGCCUUCUCACUUCACCCUGACUCCUCCUCCACGAAGAUGGAGUGUGAACCUGUGACCUCCUGUCCUUUCUAUCCCUCCACAUACCUUCCUUCCACCUUUCCUCUUUCUGAGAAGGGGGUCAGCCAGUUAUCUCUUAAAGUCCACCCCUCAGCUGGGGGCCUUGAUCCCCUCCCCUCUCUAUUCUAUGACUUUGCCUUUGUCUCUCCUGCCAGGUUUGGGAGCAAGGCUGAGAGCUCUACUAUGUCAGCCUUGGAAACAGUGAUAGGAUCUAGUGAAUGUGGUUACUGUGAAUUGGUGCCUCAGGACCUUUGCUGUGUCCUUGACACGAAACCAGCCACUUGACCUCACUACCUCCCCUGGUUGCCCUUCUCUCUCUCCUUCUGGUCACUGCCAAGCCCAUUAUCAUGCUCUGUCGCCUCUUAAUCUCCCCCUUCUCCACCCUGGGAGGGAACCUUGUAUGGUUGUGUGGGUGUAUUUCUUCCAUGUCUCCAGCACUUGGCAUUAAUGUCCCUUUUUCUAAUAAAAUCAGCUUAUGAUGACA